AAGGGCGGGGCUUCCUGGUGCAUUUCUUCAAGGCUUCCGGGCAGCUGGAUGCGGAAGAGCAUUACGAAGCUGUUCCAAUUUCACUGCAGUCGAGCCAAGUGUGUACGGGUUUUUAUAUCAGGUCAAAAAAUAUAAACCAUGUGGCCAAAUCAAGGUCCUCCUCCUCCUCCUGUUGACCCAUCAAACCCUUGUUUUCCUCCUGGCUACAAUCCUUCUUAUCCUGCUGCCGCUCCUCCAGGAACCUUCCCCCAGCCUCCAAAUCCAGCAUAUCCUGCUAACCAAUUCCCAGCUCCUAUGUAUCCAGCCAUGGGACCAAAUGUAGCACCAGGGAUGAUGCCUCCAGCAGCUCCUGGACUUCAUCCUUAUCCUAUGGCUCCAGGUGGAUAUCCUGUUGUCCCUCCUGCAGGUGUUUACCCAGGUCCAUAUCCACAUUCACCAAAACACAAAGGUCAUCAUCAUCAUCAUGGAGGGGUAAAUCCCAUGACUGGAGCCUUAGCUGGAGGAAUUGCAGGAAUGGGAAUGGGGCUAGUUGGACACAAAGCCCACAAAAAAAUGCAUAAGAAGAUGAAGAAGGCACACAAGCACCACAAACAUGGCAAGUCCUCCAGCAGCAGCAGCAGCAGCAGCAGCAGCGACUCAGACUAAGGCACCUGCUUUGAAACCUAGCGCUGACUGAAAAUCUGCUUAACAACUGCACAGUGCAACUAUUAACUGUCAAUGAGUGAAAUUAAUUCUUAUAACUUUUUGCAGAUUUUGAUUAAAUCACAGUAUAUUGUUGAAUCUCACAUGGUCAGUAUAGAUAUAUGACACUAGAAAUGCGUGCAUCAGCUAUUUUUGUCACUGUUACUACAAUUUUAACCCACCUUAUGUUGAAUUUCACUUUUACUUUAGUUUGUGGUUUUUAGGUGAAAUGUUGCAGUUUCUCUAUGGUUACUAUUCUCUAUUGUUUAAAAAGAUGUACACUGUAAUACAAAGAUAUAUAAAAAACUGAAAAAGAGACUGCAGCACUGUGCAGAUGAUUUUCUUAAUGCUAUUUAGUUAAAGAGGAUAGAACAUACUGCUAAUUAAAAAAAGAUAUACUAUUUAUAAUUGUUUUAAUUUUGUGUUCAUUCUUUUUGGUCAUUGUGAUGUUUAAUAAAUCAUAUCAAUAAA